AUGAUAUAAAAAGCCCCACUCUUUAUACGAUUCCCAUUUCUCAACCCACUCCGCAAUCUGGACCGCACAAGCUAAGAAACCCCGCAAAAAUGGAAGCUCUGAUUGCUCAGUUCACAAUCCUCUCCGACCAAGCCCUCCACGACAAGACCUUCGAUCCCUGCGCCAUUGAAGACGUGAUGAAGCUCUUCGAGCUCGAGGCCUACAAGGCCUGGGCCGCCAUGGAGCUCGAGCAGGAGAAGGAGGUCCAGGAAGCGGAGGCGUACUUGCAGGAAACGGAAGAGCAUCUGGACUCGGCCAUGGAGAGCGCCAUGGAGGAGUUCCGCCGCUUCGAGGAGGAGAUGGAUCGGAUGGCCGCGGCGGAGUACGAUAGCCUGGUCGGCGUCGCCGAGAGGGCGAGGAGCAUCGGGAAGUCCAUGGAGCGGGCGGCCACCGUCGCCGCCAAGAAGUAUAUUGAAGCCGCCGUCAAUUCCGCCGGCGCCUCCAUGAGAUCUGCCGUGAGAGCUGUCUCUUCUCACUCCAAAAAGGUCCAUCCCUCUUGAAGAUCAAUGGCUGUCAAUUUUUCUUUUACUGUGAUCUUGUGAACAAUAAUGGAGAAAUUGGGUGGCUUAAAAGUCAAAAUUGGGAAUUUUAUUGUUGAUGUCGUCGUUUAUAUAUGCCUGAUUUUGGGGCUUUCAAUUGACUGAAUGGAUCUGAAAACAAUAAACAGCAAGAAAUUUCAAUCAAGAUGUAUGUACUAUGUAUGAUUCUGGGAAUUUCCUAGUUAUGUCAAGGUUCAAGAGCAAAUUCUGUGGGAUAAAAGCAUCUUAGUGUACUGUUCAUAAUCAUCGUACCA